UGUGUCGCCGCUGAAAAGUUCCUCUGUGUUUUUUUCGGUGUUUAGCUCGCACUGAAACCGCCACUAUGUCUGAUAACACCUUCCCUGUCUAUAAUGCGGAUGCGAUAGUGAAUUUUUACCGAACUGAAGUUCUCACAGGUCAAGAGGCGAAACACUUCACGAAGGGCGACCUGACUCCAGCUCCAAAGCCGGAGGCGGUUCAGACGCUCUACAUGAGGGUGUUGCAUCUCCUGUAUCGCUUCAGACCCGAGUGUCACUCCAUGGUUCCACUUCUGGAGAACAUUCAGAACCCGGUAUAUCAUGAGGGGACCACUGCUAUCACCAGCGUCUACAUACGCAUGCAGCAGUUUCUGCCGAUGUGCUUGGUGUACGAUUUUUCACUGAACGACCUUCUAGCUCCAAAGAAACAGAAGACUCUGACUAUUCUGAGCGCCAUCAUGAACUUCCUCCACUUCAGGAAGCAGAGGAUGGACAUCAUCUUCGAGAAGCAGGCCAAGUUUAGGGCAGACAUGGACCGGCUGCAGGCUUACACCAAAGGCAACAAAGAAGCAGAGAAGAAGAUUGAGACGCUCACGACCAUCCCACCAGAGCAGCAGGCCGAGGCCGACGAGCUGGCAGCCGCGCUCUCUGAGCUGCAGGCCACCAACAUCCACGAAUACCAGGAAGUGGAUGCAAAAAAUGAAAGCAUCGCAGAGUGGAAAGCCAAAAUUGCGGAGAAGACUCAGAAACUGGCCCAGGUGAAGGUGGAUGUCUGCAACCUGAAGGAGGACAUCGGCAAACUCACGUCUCAGAUCGUGGAGUCUCCAGAGGAGCUGAAGACUCAGAUGGAGAAGAUGAGGGAGAACGUCAAGAACAUCAAGAACUCCACCAAAGAGACGGACGAGCACAUGGUGGAGCUGCAGAACAUGGUGCAGAGUGUGACUCACACCGAGGCCGAGAUCCAGCAGAUGUUCAACCUGCUGCAGGACCUGGAGAGCAGCAUGAACAACACCAAGCAGAGAGCGGAGGAGCACCAGGAGCUGACGGCUCAGUAUGAGAAGAAGCAGAAGGAGCUGAGGAACCUGUGUGUGGAGGAAGGCCAGCUGAGGAGAGCGCUGGCCAUGAAGCUGGACAAAGAGUCCAAACAGAACAUCCGCAGGCAGAAGAAGAGAGAGAUGAAGGAUCAGCAUGUUCAGGACGUCAUGGGGCAGUGCAACCAGAUCCACCAGAAACGCGAAGAGAUGGCCGACAGGAUCCAGGAGAUCUCCAGAGAGACGCAGCAGCUGAAGGCCAAGAUCCAGAGCCUGAGGGACGUGUGCAGCAAGGAGACUGCCAAAGCUCAGGCUCUGUUCGACACGCUGUCGGCCUCGAUGGACGAGCUGCACCGGAGGAUCCAGACGCACAUCGUGGACCUGAAACAAGACGUCACCAAGAUGUCUGCUAGCUUCUGAACGGCUUCAUCGUUCAUUACUUCUCUGUGUGUUUUAACUCUUCUAACCUUGUGUUGCCUGUUUCACUGUUACUAUUUAAGAUGUUUGUAUACCAGUUAAUAAAUCC